AUGCUGUGCGACGCCGAAGAUGAAGACGAGAGAGCGGAGCAGCUCUGCUUGGCUCUCGACGGCGCGAUGGCGGAGUCCCUCGUCACGCUGCUGGAGGUGCCCGUGUCGUCGAGGGCUCUGGCAUCCGGCGACCUUGCUAAGUCCGUCUCCACCCUGGGGCAGCACGAGUCAUCCCGGAUCCGCAGCCUCACGCGCGACGUUGUGCGCGGGUGGCGGUCAGCCGUUGACAGCGAACUGGACAGCGCCAAAGCAGCUAUGGAGGCCCUUAACAACCUGUCUCGUCUGAUGCCGCCCGAGAAAGAGAGACUCGCCUUCGUCGUCAACACCAAUGUGCACGUCGCAACGGCAAAGACGAGACGCGAAUCAAAGACACACCCGACAAAUUUCCAUCCAAGAGGACUCCCGUCACCACCGGCAAAGACGAGACGCAAACCAAAGACACGCCGGCUAAAUUUCCAUCCAAGAGGACUGCCGUCACCACCGGCAAAGACGAGACGCAAAUCAAAGACACGUCGGCCAAAUUUCCAUCCAAGAGGACUCCCGUCGCUGGCAGCAGUUGUAGUGAAUCCGACAAGAUGUUGGCUACUAAGCGUAAGCUCCGAGAGGGCUACCAGGAGGCCGAGAAUGCCAAGAGCCAGCGCAAGAUCCGCGUCAUCGAGGACCCCAAGAUGUUAG